AUGAACAAGAUUGAUCGAGAGGCUCUCCUGAGAAGACUUUCCGAAGAAGACACCGAUUUACAACUCGUAGUCGGAGCUGACGACCUCAAAUCUAUCGAGCGCGAUAUCGACGACUUUUUCGCAAACGAAAAGAUGGCUCAGAUGAUCGUGACGAGCCCCGGAAGACUCCUGACAGGCGCAAUCAGAUUCGGUUUAGUGGUCGCACGCGAUCGUGGCAUGUCCGCAUCGAUUUCCUUCGAUGAUCAAACUCCGACUUUGCUAGUGGAAAAGCUUCGCGUUUAA